AUGUGGAGGGACCAUUGCAGCCCCACUGUCAGCUACUUGCCCUGCCUUAAGCUGGGCGAGUCCCAGCCAGUAAGUGUGCUAGACCCAGCCACAUGUCAUGCCGUAUUAGUUAAGGUCAAUGACUCAAGAAAAACAGCCAUCAUCGACCGCGAGCUCACAAGGCUGAACAUUGACGUUGCUGCACUGCAGGAAACCAGACUUGCAUCAAACAGCAGCCUCAGAGAACAGAAUUAUGCAUUUUUCUGUGAAGAAUUCUCUGUUGUCCACUGUAGAAUCACCAUCCAUGGUACCGCUCACAUCCUGUCUCUCUGCCUGUCAACCUUCUCAGGCCCAGUGAACAUCCUGAACAUCUACGCUCCCACACUCUGCUCCUCAGCUGAGAUCAAGGACCAAUUCUAUGAGGAGCUUGACACCACCAUCAGAGACUUCCCUGCCAUAGAACAACUAUACCUGCUCAGUGCCCGAGUGGGUAUUGACCAUGAUUCCUGGCCCAGCUGUAUCGGUCACUUUGGCAUUGGCAAGAUGAACGAGAAUGGUCAGAGGCUUCUUGACCUAUGCAUAACCAACACAUUCUUUGCCACCAAGCCGCAUCGCCGAGUACCCUGGCGGCAUCCCAGAUCUCGCCACUGGCACCAGCUAGAUCUUGUCAUCAUUCGGAGACCUUCACUGAACUGCGUUCUCACCACACGCAGCUAUCACAGUGCUGACUGUGACACUGACCACUCCAUGGCAGUAAAGUCCAUCUCCAACACAAGCGGAUCCACCAAUACAAGCAGAAAGUUCACCCCCGUAUUAACACCAGCAAGACAGCAAUCCCAGACCUGUGUGAGCGCUUUGCCAACUCCAUCGAGGAUGCCCUCAAAAACUGCCUUAAUGACAACGCUGAAAAAAGCCAGCAAGAGAGCAGCCCUCAUUAACCACAAGACGGAGCCUUCCCUGAAGUCACUCGCUGCACAUAGGAAGGCCAGAAACGACGCCCAACGGAUCGCUCGGCGCUGCGUAAAUGACUACUGGCUCAACCUUUGUGAGAGUAUCCAGUUCUCUGCUGACUGCGGCAACAUUCGUGGCAUGUACGAAGGCAUGAAGAAGGUCUUUGGCUCAAGCAUAAACAAGAUCGCGCACCUGAAAUCAACUGCUGGAGACAUCAUAACAGACCGCAGCAGGCAGAUGGAGAGCCUGCGGCAAGCCUCCCUGGAAAAGAUCGCCAACCUCCCACCUAAGUCAUCAAGGUGGGAAGAAGACUGCUCUCCUCACUAUCUGCACCACGGCUGCUGCAGUGCUGGGAGAAGGACAGUGCUCCAGAGAUGCGCAACGCCAAGCAUGUCCACUACUCUAUACAAGAAACAAGUGCACCUCAGCGCCUGUAACAACUACCGUGGAAUUCCCUCUCAGCAUUGUUGGAAGGGGCCUUCGCCGCCGUGUAGUCGUCAACGACUGCAGUUGCUCGCAGAGCGCGUAUUCCCCGAGGCACAAUGUGGGUUUAGAGAUCAACCAUCGACAUGA